CCGCUAACAAGACCACUAUUUAAAACCUAGUGAUUGAUUAUAUUGACCACAUAGUAUCUACUAUCUAGGUCCUGCUCAACACUUGCACAAACUCUCCUCUCAUUACAUAUCUUUCCACACCAACAAAUGCUCAAACAAUCAACAUUUCUAGUAACCAAAAGGCUCACACAUAAUAUCUCUCUCUCUCUCUCAUUGAUACCAUCUCAAAAACUAUGAGAUGUUAGACCUCAAACAUAUAUGGGUGCUUAUUUCAAUCAAUAACUACAUUCUCAACACAAUAGUACAAGACAAAAAAACAAGAAACACUCUAAAAACAAGAUGUAGCUCAAAGUUAAGCAUUCAAAAGCAAGAAUUCUUUGAAUUCUCUCACCAAUCAGUCCUAUCCAAUCUCUAUUGGGGAAUUGACAACAUUGAAACAGCAAUACAAUCACAAAAUCAAGAAGAAAGAUCUAUUAGGCUAACAAAUUCAGAACAAAUGCUUCAAGUUCCAGCAAUGCUUGAUGAAGAUGAAUUCACAGCUACAAUUCCAAAUCAUUACUUAAUUUGUUGCUCUUACUUUUACUUAUCAGUGAUUAGGAAACUUCAAGGUGAUGAAUGGCAAGCUGCACUUCAUUUUCUUCAAGCUGUUUUGGUCUCUCCAAAACUUGUUUGGAUAGAAUUUGCACCACAACUUUGUGAAACUCUUUUUACUCAAUCAAAUUCAAUCAUCUAUAAUAAGUGUGAAAAUAGUGGAAGUACUAGAAAUUUUGAAUCUGUUUUUUGUGGAAGUUCUGAGGAAGAUAUCAAUGAAGAAACUGUUAAGGAGAUGGCUAGGAGAUACAAAGAAUGUUUGGUGUAUUAUCAAGUCAUGCUUUAUGGAGAGACUCCAUGGUGGAGCAGCAAAGAAUCAACAAGUUAUAUGGACGUAUCAAAUACAAGCUGUGUAUCUUCUACUUCAGUUCAACAUGAAUCAAGAUUGAAAACUUGCAAUACAUAUGAGAAGGUUCACCCUAUUGAUCCUCAAGAUGUGAUGGAUAAAAUGGAACAAGAGUCAAAACAAUUCAUUGAUAUUGCUGAAUAUGAAGGCAACAAGAAAUCCCUCAAACAAUUGAAGUCAGUUGAGUGUCACAAGAAAGAGCUCAAAACAAUUGGCAUCAAAGGCCUAAAGAAAAAUAUAGAUGAGAGAAAAUUUCAUAUAAGAACCACAAUAACAAAAGCAGAUGAUCUACAACCAGAAACAAAUGACAGGAAUCUACAUCAAAUUUCUGGUUUACAGCAGACUCUUCAGCCUCCAAUGCAGGAAAAUUUGGAUGCAAAAAACAUAAUUAAUCUUGAUUCUAGCAUAUUCACAAGGUCCAUAGAAGAUGUUGCUUUAUCAAUCUCCAAAAGGAUAGAAAAAACAAACAUCCAUUUAAAUUGUCAUAUAGAUGAUUUAUUAAUUGAAGAAGCAUUGCAGCCACUAGAAUUCCAUCUCUUUGAUCAUCAUGGAAGCAAACAUCAACUCGGCCGCAAAAAUCAUGAAGAAAGUCCUAAUAUGAAGUUGCAAACAUCAUAUAGCUUAGGAAAUUUCAAUGAAGUUUGUUCAACCUCAAGAAGAUCUGAAUGGAGAGAAUCAGAACUAAAACAUCCAUAUGGAUUAGAAAAAUGUGGUGAAGAAUAUAUUAUAGACACUGCAUCCAAUAUUUUUGAGAGUUUGAUUGGUUCAUCAGAAACUACUUAUGGUUCCUUAAAGGAUGUGAUUUUGGAUGAACUGUUAAUAAUCAUCUCAACUUCCAAAGAGGAAAGAGAACUAAGAGCAUCAGUUUCUAUUCUAUCAACAAUAAUUUCAAGAAACAAAUCAAUCAUAGAAGAUGUGAAGAAAAAAGGUUUAAGGUUAUGUGAUCUAGCAAGUGCUCUAAAACAAAAUGUUCAUGAGGCAGCAAUUCUGAUCUAUUUAAUAUAUCCAUCACCUAUAGACAUAAAAACAUUGGAACUUCUUCCAAUAUUAGUAGAGAUUGUAUGCAAUUCACAAAGUUAUUACAAGACUAAGAAGCCAGAGUCGCUUCUUCUGACGCCUCAUGCAGCAUCAUUGAUGAUCAUUGAAGAAAUUGUGACUUCAUUUGAUUAUGCUACAAAUAAAAUGCAUUUGGAAGCUAUUAGUUCACCUCAUGUUCUUUGUGGACUUAUAGAAGUUGCUAAAAAUAAUAAUCUUGAAGAGUUUUUCUCUUUGACUACAAUUCUUAUAAAAUGUAUGCAGUUUGAUUCACAGUGCAGAAAGUACGUUUCACAGUUUACUCCUCUUGCUCCAUUUCUACACCUUCUGCAGACCGAUAAUAUCCGCGCCAAAUGCAUGGCGCUCGAUUUUUUUCAUGAAAUCCUAUGCAUACCGCGAUCAUCUGCUAUUAAUCUGCUGCAGAGGAUAAAGAAAGAAUGCAGAAUCAAUAUUAUGCAGAUACUAAUGCAUUGUGCCAAUCAAUUACAACCUUAUCACCAGAUUUUAGCUGCUAACAUAUUGAUUCAGUUAGACACAUUGAACCCAUCUGAUAAAAGCAUGUUCAGAGAAGAAGCUGUGCAGAUUCUCCUGAGGGCAUUGACAUAUGAAGAAAGCUCAGAACAGAUAUUAUCUGCAUCCAUUCUAUCAAAUCUUGCUGGAACAUAUGCUUGGACAGGAGAGCCAUAUACAGCUGCAUGGCUUCUGAGAAAGACAGGCUUGACCUCUCCUUAUCACCAAAAUAUGAUAAGAAACUUCAACUGGUUGGAUCAAAGUCUACAGGAUACCAGCAUAGAUGUAUGGUGCAGCAAAAUUGCCAAAUGUAUCAUAAGUGUUGGAGAUUCCAUCUUCUAUACUUUAGAGAGGGGACUAAGAAGCAAGAUGAAAAAGGUUUCUAGAGACUGUCUUGUAGCCAUUUCAUGGCUUGGAUGUCAAAUAUCAAAAAGUCCAAACAGCCUCAGUAAUUCUGCAUCUGAGAUUAUACUAAGAGGAAUUGAGCAAUUUCUAUAUCCUGGAAUGGAAUUGGAAGAAAGACUUUUGGCAUGUAUGUGCAUGUUUAAUUAUGCCUCAGGAAAAGGAAAGCAAAAACUAAUGCAAUUCUCAGAAGGAGUAAAAGAAUCAUUAAGACGCCUUUCAAACAUAACUUGGAUGGCUGAGGAAUUACAUAGGGUAGCUGAUUUCUUGCUUCGAAACACAUCACGUAUUUCUUGUGUUCACACUCAAAUCCUUGAGGCAGGUCACAACAACUUAAGCAUAUCAGUUUGCUCCCUUAUAUACUACAAGGGACUCUUAUUCAGUGGAUAUUCAGAUGGAUCAAUUAAGGUUUGGGAUAUUAGGGGACACUCAGCUAGUCUUGUAUGGGACAUUAAAGAGCACAAGAAGUCUGUGACAUGCUUUUCAAUUUAUGGACCAUUAGACAGCCUUUUAAGUGGAUCAACUGAUAAAACCAUAAGGGUGUGGAAAAUGAUUCAAAGAAAGCUUGAAUGUCUUGAAGUAAUAGUCAUGAAGGAACCAAUUCAUCAUUUACGCGCACAUGGUGAGACAAUUUUUGCAAUUACUGAGAAACAAGGAAUAAAGCUUGUUAACAAUUCAAGAGAGAUAAGUGAUAUUUUCAAGGGUAAGCAUGGAAAAUGCAUGACAGUGGCUCAGGGAAAGUUAUAUAUUGGCUGCACAGAUUCAAGCAUACAGGAGUAUUCCACAACACACAACAGAGAACAAGAAAUCAAACCACCUACAAGAAGUUGGAGGAAGCAAAGUAAGCCCAUCAAUUCAAUUGUAGCCUAUAGAGAUUGGCUGUAUAGUGCAACAAGUAAGCAUGUUGAAGGAACAACAUUCAAGGAAUGGAAAAGAAGUGGGAAACCCAAAAAUUCAAUCCUUAGUGACAAAGGAGAUAAUGUGGCAGCCAUGGAAGUGGUAGAAGACUUCUUAUACCUAAUCUCCACCUCAUCACCAAGCAGCAUUCAGAUUUGGUUGAGAGGAGUACCAAAAAAAUUGGGGAGAAUAUCAGCAGGGAGCAAGAUAACAAGCAUCUAUGCUGCCAAUGACAUUAUUUUUUGUGGUACUGAAAAGGGACUAAUCAAGGGUUGGAUCCCUCUGUAGGAAGAACUUCAACUCAUUGUGCAUAUAUACAUGUCCUUUCAAGUUUCAAGUUCAAAGCUUUUUCCAGCCUAGUAUUACAACAAAGAUAGCCUGUAUUGAAUGCUUGGUCAUGUUAUAUGAUACCAUUGUCAAACUCAGACCUCAUGCAAUACAUUGAUCAUCUGCCAAAGGCUUAAUAAAAGUACAUACUUUACAUCGGUGAUUACUAUAUAGUAAAUAUAUUUGAGUGAAAAUCAUUGUGAAUAGUUGAUUGUCUUCGCUGUAUAACAAAUGUUUUUGUUGUAAUGUAUUGUAAUAAAUACCAAUAUGUUAUUUUAUUUUAUUUUUUUGUUGAGAGAAACCAAUAUGUUAUUCGUAUCAGCUAUAAAUUUGAAAAUUUUGGGUAAGGUGUAAA